AUGCGUACUUCCUCGUCAAAACCGCCGACUCAUUCGGUCGUGAAAGGAAAGAAGAAAAAGUCCAUCGCUUGCCAAAGAUGUCACACGCACAAGAUCAAAUGUUCUGGCGAACAACCGUGCACCAAGUGUCGCAAUUCUGGACGCGCUGCCGAAUGCACCUAUGUUAAUCGGGAUCGUCAGAUCAAGGUCCACGAGAGUUAUCUCGAUCAACUGGCCGCUGAGAAUGAGCGGCUGCGUGAGCAACUCUCACAAUCACCGGCAACUCUGAGCCAGUCUCCACACUAUAAUGAAGAUGGCCAUGUUUCGGAUGGUGAUGCAGUCGUACAGAACCCCAUGAUUGGCGAACGAGGAUGGUUUCAGCCUUAUGACCAUUCUGCUCCACCAAUUCAUAUCGGGGAAGCAGCGUGCACUGCCUUUGCAACUCGCUUGCGUCAAGUCCUCACCCAGACGAGGGCGUCGCAUAUGCCGAGGAUACAGUAUACUCCCGAAGCAACGCUGUACAAACUCCGAGAUUCUACAUUGGAAUGGCCGGGCUUGCCACAGGCGCGCCUAUUAAUCCAAAUUGUCGUCAAUCAGGUUAGCCGUGUAUAUCACCUGUUUCUCAGAAAAUCGACGAUUCAAGAGUUGGAAGACGUCUAUCGCAAAGGAAGCUUUGAUGAUCCGAUAUUAAAGACAAAGUUCUUCGCUCUUUUUGCCAUGGGUGAAGUCUAUUCCGCACGUUCAAAUACUAAACUAGAAUGCGGAGUUCCCGGUGCUCCAUACUAUGUGAAUGCGAUGACUCUGAUUCCCAUACUCCCCGAGAGGCCGAGUAUGACCGUCAUCGAGUCUUUACUCAUUUUAUCCUUAUACUCCUACUUUCUGAACCGACGCCAUUCCGCAUUCCUCCUCGUCGGUAAUGCAAUGCGUCUUGGGUUGACUUUGGGAUUGAAUCACGAUAUCCCUGAAUGCAACUGCCCAGAUCCUGUCGAGCGCCAACACCGAAUUCGUCUGUGGUGGGCAAUAUAUGUUUUCGAUAGAAUGUAUGGAUCAAAAACAGGUUGGCCCAUCCAAAUCGCCGACGAUGACAUCCACGUCGAAAUGCCAUCAAAAUUAGCCUGCGAUCUGCACGAGGAGCAAUUCUCCGAUACUGAAUUUCUCCUCGCCAGUAUUCAACUGGCUCGUAUAACAGGCCAGACCAUCGAGAAAGUCUAUAGUCGAAAGAAGCAGCCGGACUCGUUUUUGCAACGAGAGCAAAAGCUACUUAUCUCCUUGAAGGAAUGGUCGCAAAACCUUCCUCCGCAUCUUCGACUCAAUAGGAACAGCCACGCCCCAAACAAUGUGGUAUCUUUGCACCUUCAGUUUAACCAGUGCAUCAUGUUGGCAACUCGACCUAUUUUGCUUUUCACACUCAUUCAAUCCAGAAAAGACCCAGAAGAAGACUCAAACCAGUCCGCCAAGCUGAAAGAACAAACCCUGAAGACUCUGGGCGACGCAUGUCUUCAUGCUGCAAGACAUACACACUCGCUUAUUGUCGAGGAGUGGGCAAAUGGCUCCCUUCCAAUCUACGGCUACUUCUACGCACACUAUCUCUUCUCUUGCGCACUGAUUAUGGUAAUAUCGAGUCAAAUCAACUCCGAUAAUCACAGCGAUUUCACCUUAUUCGAAACUGCUUAUGAAAUUCUGCGCAUGAUGCGCGACCACGGAAACCUUGCUGCAACGGAGUUCUACGACAAUUUAGAAAGUGUGCGAGAGUGUCUAGACGAGGUACAUGGAUCCACCGCCCGGCACGCAUCGUCGAGCUCUCGUCUUCCAAGGCAUGGAAAUUCUGAUCCUCUAUCAUUUUCACCUGACGCCACGCAUGGACCCAGUGAAGUAUCUUUGGGCGGAAAUUCGGCUUUGCCUGAUUCUAUGGCACCGGGGAGUCUGACAGACGAAAUGAUAUUUUUGGAUCAAAGUAUGGAGGACUUUUUGGCUCAACCCGAUGUUGAUUUUGGGCCAUUGGAUCCCUCGGGAGUACCUAUCAAUGUGGCGGAUGCGGUGUACUCGUGGCCAAAUUUCUCACUUUGGACGGCGUAG